AUGGCGGAAAAUGCUGUUUGGCGGCAAGAAACACGUAAAACCAAUCUGAAACGAGCUCGUUUAGCUGACGAACAAGAAGAAGUUGAAGAUACACACGAUAAGGCUCCAAGUUUCAUCAGAAGUCAGUUGAACACCGCCGCAGCAGACUUAACAGUUGAGCAACGACUACAGAGUAAUAAAAGAUCUCUUCAGCGCUCAGAAGGUUUCAUGGAUUCAAAGUUCACUUCUAAGUAA